GUUUCGCGAUAAGGGAGUGAUGGCGUCUGCAAAAUCGUAAUAUGACAUGGCUUAGCUCCGUCGGUUAAACUGUUAACUAUAUGUUGUGUUUUAUUGUUCGAUUCGAUAUCUGCUCUCCGUGUGUUUUAGCUGGAUGUCUAAAAUGUAAGUUCCAAUAGCGCACAAUUUUCCGGACAAAUGUUUGAUGGCCGAUGCGGGACGUUAAAAACUAAUGCUUGGAAAAGGGCAGUGGACCCCGGUGAACUUCCGUGCCUAGAUCUACCACCCGAGUGGCCCAAAGAUAAUACUUACAUAUGCAAUGGUGGAUUAUUUGGCGAAGACUCUGGUGAUGAUGAUCCCGAUUAUGUCGAUAUUAUGAACCUUGCCAUCGUUCACAGUAAUCCUGAUCUAUUGUCGCUGAGCCACGCAACGAAGGAAUAUACUCACUUCUGGCAAGCCAACAAUUACGUCUGCCACUGGGUGAAGACUCAUAGAAUAUCGGCACUACUCGUUACUGAAGAUUUGUGUACCAAAUGUUUCGACAUUACUGCUACGUUGGCCCAAGUAACACAUCCAAUCUUCAACAUUGAUCAAGGCAGCUUGGGGUCACGUGUAUUUAAUAUGAAAAUGUAG